CGACCCAUUUCUCCCGCUGUCUGUCUCUCUCUCAUCGUGACUUGGUAAACUGCAAGAAAUAUCCAAGAAACUUCCCUUCCUUCAUUAUUUCAUCAUCGCAGUCUUCACACAUCUAAUCUUCUUGCAUCAAACAAAUUUCGUUCGCUUUCACAAUUCAAGGCAACCCUUUUAUUUAUGGAGUUGAAGGCCCCUUUAUUGAUUUGAGCGUAUAGCUAUUUAUGCUGCAGUUGGAACUCUUUCCAGGCAUUAUUUACAGCAAUGAAUGAGAAGUUUGUGAGGUUUGAGGACUGGAAGUCAGAAAGAAGCAGCAAUGGAGGUUCUCCAAAGAGAUUUAAAACAGCCUUAGGUUCUGUUUCUAGUAUGUUCCGGAAAAGCUUCGAACAUGGUUCCGGAGGGGUUAAAAGCUUGAAAAGAACAAUGGGAACCCAUCCAUUGAAUAGGAUUUUAAGCAGAGGUCUUGGUUCUGGGAAGAAAACGCUUAAUCCACAAGGGAAAUUCCUCCAAAAGUGGAACAAAAUAUUUGUGUUGUCGUGUUUGAUUGCUGUUUCUGUGGACCCAUUAUUCUUCUAUAUUCCAAUAGUCAAAGAAGACAACAAGUGCCUUGAUUUAGACAGCAAGUUGCAGAUAACAGCUAGUGUUUUGCGUUCGUUCACAGAUAUUUUCUACAUAGUUCACAUCAUCUUUCAGUUCCGUACUGGUUUUAUACCUCCAUCUUCGAGAGUAUUUGGUAGGGGUGUUCUCGUUGAGGAUGCCUGGGAGAUUGCAAAGAGAUAUCUGUCCUCAUACUUUCUAGUUGACAUUCUUGCGGUUCUUCCAUUGCCUCAGGUUGUGAUUUGGAUCAUUAUACCGAAGUUGCGUGGCUCAAAGUCCUUGAACACAAAAAACUUGUUGAAAUUCAUUGUAUUUUUUCAGUACAUCCCGAGAAUGCUUCGAAUCUAUCCUCUGUAUAAGGAGGUCACAAGAACAUCUGGCAUACUUACUGAAACUGCAUGGGCUGGGGCUGCUUUCAAUCUCUUUCUUUACAUGUUGGCUAGUCAUGUAUUCGGAGCCUUUUGGUACUUGUCUUCUAUCGAACGUGAAACCACUUGCUGGCGAAAGGCAUGCGGGAAUAUAACCGCAACUUUUAAUGCAAAUGUUUCAGAAUGUGUGCAUUCUUCAUUUUAUUGUGAUAGCACGCCACAGCAUGUUGCAUAUUUGAAUGCAAGCUGCCCUAUCAUAGAAAUGGAGAAUCCUCCUUAUGAUUUUGGAAUCUUUCUUCCUGCCCUUGCAUCUGGUGUGGUCAACUCGACUGAUUUUCCACAAAAGUUCUUUUACUGUUUCUGGUGGGGCCUACAAAAUCUGAGUUCCUUGGGUCAAAACCUGAAAACAAGCACCUUUGUGUGGGAAAUUUGCUUUGCGGUGUUUAUUUCUAUAUCUGGUUUGGUUUUAUUCUCAUUUCUCAUUGGAAAUAUGCAGACAUACCUGCAGUCGACAACCAUAAGAUUGGAGGAAAUGCGGGUGAAAAGACGAGAUGCAGAGCAGUGGAUGUCCCACCGUUUGCUCCCAGAACAUCUUAAGGAGCGAAUUAGAAGGUAUGAACAAUAUAAAUGGCAGGAAACUCGAGGUGUUGAUGAAGAUAAUUUGAUCCGGAACCUUCCUAAGGACCUCAGAAGGGAUAUAAAACGUCAUCUUUGUUUGAAACUUCUAAAGAGGGUGCCCAUGUUUGAGAAGAUGGAUGAUCAACUAAUGGAUGCAAUGUGUGACCGUUUGAAACCUGUUCUUUAUACGGAGAAGAGCUAUAUUGUGAGGGAAGGGGACCCGGUCGAUGAGAUGCAUUUUGUAAUGCGAGGCAAGUUAUUAACCGUUACAACCAAUGGUGGCCGAACCGGUUUCUUCAACUCUGAGGAGCUGAAAGCAGGCGACUUUUGUGGGGAAGAGCUUCUUACAUGGGCCUUGGACCCACAUACAUCAUCCAAUCUCCCCAUCUCCACACGAACGGUUCAAGCACUUGAAGAAGUCGAGGCGUUUGCAUUGAUGGCGGAUGAUCUGAAAUUUGUGGCAUCUCAGUUCAGAAGGCUUCAUAGCAAGCAGCUACGCCACACUUUCAGGUUCUACUCACAGCAGUGGAGGACAUGGGCGGCUUGUUUCAUACAGGCGGCAUGGCGGCGGCAUUGUAGGAAGAAACUGGAAGACUCGCUUCGGGAAGAAGAAGAUAGGCUGCAAAGUGCUUUAACUGGAGCGGGUGGGAGCUCACCUAGUUUGGGUGCUACGAUUUAUGCAUCACGGUUUGCAGCGAAUGCGCUUCGUGCUUUGAGGCGAAACGGUGCAAGGAAAGGUAGAAUUCCUGAGAAAAUACCGCCGUUGAUGCUUCAGAAGCCAGCAGAGCCUGAUUUUACUGCUGAAGAUUGAUGAAAUUUAAUUGGUUGUUUAUACAUAUAUAUAUUAUUAUGUAUGUUGUGCAAGUACAAGAAGCUCUUGAUAGUUUUUUUGGAAUGUUGUAAAAGUAUAGUUUUGUGAUUUUUUCUAGUUAAUGCUUCUUGUAAUUGUAGAUAAA